AUGGCCGCCGAAGAAACUGCCGUGACUACCGAGACCGCCACAACCACCGUAGUUGUUGAAGCUGCUGCGACCGAAGUCACGACUACUGCAGUAGUUCAAGAGACUGAAACUGUUCAGGAGACUGCGGUUACUGAUAGCGAGCCCGUAAAACUCGAAGAAGAAAAUGAGAACAAGGUCUUUGUCGGUAAUUUAUCAUUCCAGACUACUGAACCUGAAUUGGCCGAGUUUUUCGGAAAGUUUGGUAAAGUCGUCAAAGCCAACAUCAUUACUCGUGGUACCCGCUCACUUGGUUAUGGCUUUGUAGCCCUGGAAACAAAAGAAGAUGCCGAAAAAGUCAUCGCCGAACUCAAUCGCGAAGAACUAGGAGGCCGUUCGAUCAAUGUCGAAGCUGCUAAACCGAAAACAGAUACUGGAAAUCCCCCCGCUUUCCAUUCGUCUCGUCGUGGCCGUGGGAGGUAUCACUUACGCGGUCGGGGUGGUAGAGGACGUGGACGAGGAAGUCGGGGACGUGGCAGAGGACGUGGUGGCUGGCAAGGCCGCCGUCGUUUCUCAGGUCGCAACGAAGACUCUGCUGCCGUUCCCAGUAAUGAUACUGCUGCCGACGCUCCUAAUACUAACGGCGCGCACGCUGAUGAAAGCGGCACCCAUAAGAGCAACCGUGGGUAUCGUUCCCGACGACCUCGUGGAAGAGGAGGACGUGGUCGUGGCCGUUUUAGUCGUCGUAGACCAGCCAAUUCUAACUAUGCAGCUGGAGCUGCUAAAACUGGUGAUCCGUCCAAAACUAUCGUUUUCGUUGCCAACUUGCCGUUCUCUGUUAAUGACGAUGGAUUGAAAGAAAUCUUCAAAGACUACCAGGUAAAGAGUGCCCAUGUUGUUCGCCGUCGUGGGGGACGUAGUAAAGGUUUCGGAUUUGUUGAACUGAUUGAUGAGAAUGAACAAACGAGAGCCCUUGAAGGGUUGAAGAAUGUUCAAAGUGAGGGUAGAGAACUGGUUAUCAAAGUUGCUUUGAGCGAUCAGCAAGCUCACAUGGACGAAGAAAAAGCUGGUGGCCAAGAGGGGGGUGAGGUUAGCGCCUCAGCCGCUAAUCCUCCCGCCAACGAAGAACCCAACAAUGAGGAAAGUGUUACGGCUUAA